UAUAUGUGAAAGAUCUAUAAAGCUUUACAAAAGUGCCUACUCUAAGAGGAACGACAAAAUAAGCAGAGAAAUCAUACUGUUGACAAAAAAAAAAAAGCAGAGAAAUCCAAACCAAAAGUGCUUCCUCUUGAAGAUCCAACCAAAAGCUUCUUCUUCCGUUUUUUCUAUUUCUCUGGGUGGUCCUAUUGAUCAAAAGAGAGAGAUAUAAAGACAAAGAGUUAUCGAUGGCUGAAGAGGGAAACUUGCAGAUUGGUAAUAGUAAUUACAAUGGAGAAGAAGAAGCAGAUCCAGAGAAUAACAAUAUGAACCAACCUCUCCUUAAGAGACAUAGAACUCUUUCUUCAACUCCUCUUGCUUUGGUCGGUACCAAGGUUUCCCACAUCGAGAGCUUAGAUUAUGAGAUAAAUGAGAAUGAUCUGUUCAAGCAUGACUGGAGAAGCAGAUCAAAGGCACAAGUUUUUCAAUACAUAUUCGCAAAAUGGACAUUAGCAUGUCUUGUCGGUCUCUUAACUGGUCUCAUCGCUACUCUCAUCAACCUCGCCGUUGAAAACAUCGCCGGUUACAAACUCCUCGCCGUAGGCUACUACAUAGCUCAAGACAGGUUUUGGACAGGUCUAUUGAUCUUUACGGGUGCGAAUUUGGGUCUGACUUUGGUGGCGACAGUACUUGUUGUUGUCUUUGCUCCCACGGCGGCUGGUCCCGGGAUUCCUGAGAUUAAAGCUUAUCUCAAUGGCGUCGACACUCCCAAUAUGUUUGGUGCAACCACCAUGAUCGUUAAGAUUGUUGGAAGUAUUGGAGCAGUUGCAGCUGGACUUGAUCUUGGGAAAGAAGGGCCUUUGGUUCACAUUGGAAGCUGCAUAGCUUCUUUGCUUGGUCAAGGUGGUCCAGACAACCACAGAAUCAAAUGGAGAUGGCUUCGUUACUUCAACAACGAUAGAGACCGUAGAGACCUUAUCACCUGUGGAUCUGCAUCUGGAGUAUGUGCAGCUUUCAGGUCACCAGUAGGAGGAGUGCUCUUCGCUCUUGAGGAAGUCGCCACGUGGUGGAGAAGCGCUCUCUUGUGGAGGACAUUCUUCAGCACAGCCGUUGUUGUGGUUGUACUGAGAGCAUUCAUCGAGAUUUGCAAUUCCGGAAAAUGCGGGCUUUUCGGGAAAGGAGGACUCAUUAUGUUUGAUGUGAGUCAUGUAGAGGUUAGGUAUCACGCAGUAGAUAUAAUCCCUGUCACAUUGAUUGGAGUCUUUGGUGGCAUUCUUGGAAGCUUAUACAAUCAUCUUCUUCAUAAAGUUCUUCGUCUUUACAAUCUCAUCAACCAGAAGGGUAAGAUUCACAAGGUGCUUCUGAGUCUUUCGGUGUCUCUAUUCACUUCGGUUUGCUUGUAUGGUCUUCCUUUCUUAGCGGAAUGCAAGCCUUGUAACCGUUCUAUAGACGAGGCAUGUCCAACAAACGGAAGAUCAGGGAACUUCAAGCAGUUCAACUGCCCUAACGGUUAUUACAACGACCUAGCAACUCUGUUUCUCACAACCAACGAUGAUGCUGUCAGAAACGUUUUCUCAUCAAACACUCCUAAUGAGUUUGGUAUGUUCUCCCUCUGGAUAUACUUUGGCCUCUACUGCAUUUUAGGGCUUAUCACAUUCGGUAUAGCCACGCCUUCGGGUCUCUUCCUCCCGAUCAUCCUCAUGGGUUCUGCUUACGGUCGGAUGCUAGGCACUGUAAUGGGACCUUACACUAAAAUUGAUCAAGGGCUUUACGCGGUUCUUGGUGCAGCUUCACUCAUGGCUGGUUCCAUGAGAAUGACUGUCUCGCUCUGUGUGAUUUUCCUAGAGCUCACCAACAACCUUCUUUUGUUGCCCAUUACAAUGUUUGUGCUUCUCAUUGCUAAAACAGUUGGAGACAGCUUCAAUCUGAGUAUCUACGAGAUCAUUCUCCACUUGAAGGGUUUACCUUUCUUGGAAGCAAAUCCGGAGCCAUGGAUGAGGAAUCUCACUGUAGGUGAGCUUGUUGAUGCUAAGCCUCCGGUUAUAACGCUCCGUGGAGUAGAAAAAGUGGCCAAUAUAGUGGAUGCGCUGAGAAACACAACGCAUAACGCGUUCCCGGUAUUGGAUGGAGAGGAUGUAGAUACUGGUGCUGGGACAGAGCUUCAUGGGUUGAUCUUGAGAGCACAUCUUGUUAAAGUUCUGAAAAAGAGAUGGUUCUUGAAUGAGAAAAGAAGAACGGAAGAGUGGGAAGUUAGGGAGAAGUUCACACCAGUUGAGUUAGCUGAGAGAGAAGACAAUUUUGAUGAUGUUGCAAUCACAAGCUCAGAGAUGCAAAUGUACGUUGAUCUUCAUCCUUUGACCAACACAACACCUUACACUGUGCUGCAGAGUAUGUCAGUGGCCAAGGCUUUGGUGCUUUUCCGAUCAGUUGGACUCAGACAUUUGUUGGUUGUCCCCAAGAUUCAAGCUUCAGGAAUGUCUCCUGUGAUAGGGAUCUUAACAAGGCAAGAUCUAAGGGCUUAUAACAUUUUACAAGCGUUUCCUCACUUGGAUAAACACAAAAGUGGAAAGCUGAGAUGAUUGAAAGAAGCUAAGCAAAAGCAAAGAGCCUUCUUCACCUUUUGCUUUUGUGCGAGUGAUUGCAUCAGCUUUGGAUUUGUGUUUCAUCCCCCCCCCCCCCAUUCUUGGCGAUAUUUAUUCUGUCCAGUUUUGCUUGCAUUCUUUCUUCA